CCCCCACCUCCGCCCCGCCUCGCACCCCGCUCAUCUCUCUCCACGCGGGCCGCGCCCCACUCUGCAUCCACCUCGGCGCCGCUGCACACCCUCCACUCCUCGCAGCGGCCUGCCCCGUGAGGCUUCGGCGCAGGGGCAAGCGGCGCCGCCCGGCCGCCUCCACUCGUGCGCGCCUGCGACCAUGUCGCGUCGCGCCGCUCCGCCGAGCGCCGCGUCUGGCGCCCCAGGCGUGCCCAGCGGCUCGUCGGUGCUCGGCGCCAGCUCCUUUGGGCUGCGUCCCUCGGCGCCACGCUACACGCUUGGCCUCUCACGGCCCGCGCCCAGCUCUGCUGCGCGGCCACUGCGCCUCAGCUCCGGCGGCGGCGGCGUGCCAGAUGAGAUUCCGCGCGCGCCCUCCUUCUCGGCAUACGAGACGCUCGAUGCCGCCGAGUUCUGCUACGACCUGCGCGAGCGCAUCGGUGCCGCGCUCGGUCGGCCGCCGCCGCGCGCCAGCCUGGCUGCCAGUCGCAGCAGCGCAGCCAGCAGGCCAGUCGCGACGUCCCGCAGCGCCGCGGAGCUGCAGCCGACGGAGCAGGACAUGCCGGACGACCUCGCGGCCAUCUUGGCACCGCAGCCACAGCGUGUUAAUGGUGCUACUCUCAAGGACGGAACGUCGAGCGUCGAGGAUGCGCGGCGUCUCUCCAACUCCGAGUGGCUGCAGCGCGCUGAGGCAGCACACGCGGCGCGCCACGCCUCGCGUGCCCACGCUCGCGAGGCCGCAGUGCAGACCGAGGCGCCGCUGCCGCAUCUGCGUGCCAACCAUGCAGGCCCGAGCAGCGAGAUCAUGCUGCCCGGAAGCACGCCUCGCGCGGCCGCGCCGCUCCAGACGCCCGGCGCCGCCGUCGACCGUGCGCGGCUGGCGGGCCGGGCCGUGGAGGAGCUGCUGGGCAUCGGAGGCGUGGCGCCCGAGAAUGGCGAGCGCUUCGCGCUGGCCGACAGCUUCGUGCCGCUGGCGGGCGAGGGUGACGAAGAGGCAGAUGCGGACGCCGAGGCAGAGGACGACCUCGCUGGGCCCUCGGCGCUCUUUGAUGCACCGGGCGGCAUCGAGGAGGUGCUGCGCCGGCGGGCACAGCUCGCAGACGCACAGCCCGCGGCCAGCCCGGCUGCCUCGUCGCAGAGCAACAAGCGGCGUGCACCGCUCAUCGAGGAGCUGAGGCAGGACACGCCAACGCUCGAGGAGAUCCUGCAGCGCAAUGCUGCGGAGCUGGGCGCCGAGGAGGACGAGGAGGCAAUCGGUUCUGACUCGGAGAGCGAGGAGAGCAGCGUGGAGGACGAUGGCUCGGCUCAGUCGUUCCUGGAUGACGAACAGGACGGAGAGGCGGCAGAGUCCGAAGAGGAUGAGGACGAGGAUGAAGACGAUGAGCUGGGGCUCGACGCGAUGGACGCUCCCCGUGGCAGUGUGCAGCUGCCGAUCACCAACGGCAUGGCUUCGCGUCGCCUGGUGCUCGAGGAAGAUGACGGCUCCGAGCACGACGGCCCUGAGGAGGAUGACGAGGACGAGGAUGACGACGGCCUCGGCGAGGAGGACGACGAACUCAGCGACGCGGCCGAGCCUCGACAAGCUGCGCAAGCCGCCGCAGGCGAUGUCAUCGAGCUGCUCGACUCGGACUCGGACGACGACCGCGCACCGCCGCCGCCAGCACGCGUCUCGGCGCCAGUCUUUGCGCUGCAGGAGGCCGAGCUCGCCGAUGAGAGCAUCGACGAGUCGGGCGACGAGCAAGGCGCGCCGAGCGAGCACGCAAGCGCGCUGUGGCAGAAGGAGCAAGAUGAUCGCAUGUCCGACGCCGAGGCGGCCGAGGAGCAGCCGCAGCCUGACGAGCCGCAAGACGAGAUCUGGGACGCGCUGCAGGCUCGUGCUUUGCCGCCUCCGCCUUUCGAGCAGCUCGCCGACGCUGCGAUGAGCCAGGCGCCCAUGGACUUUGCGCAGCCGCCGGCUUUGCCGCACGGCUUCCCGAGCUCGAUGCAGCCCUUCAGCGAUCCGCCGGCGGCGGCGCACACGGGCAGCAGCAGUCUACCUGCUUCACAGCUCGAUCCGGCGCUCUUCGGCCUCACUGCAGAAUCAGGCGACGGCAGCGCGGCUGACUCCCCCUCCAUCACCGAGUCGGCACAAGUGCAGAACUGGGACUGGUCUCUGGGUGGAGCGCUCGAGCAGCCGGCGCCCACAUCGCAGACGCACACGCCCGUCGCCGAAAGCGGCUUCUUCUCCGACCUCCUCAACGACCAGUCGAGCAGCGUCGACUCGCCGCUGCACGCAUCGGCACCUCGUCUGCCGCUCGACGACAGCGCCAUCGCUGCGGCGGUGCAGGCUGCACAAGCGCACGCCUCGUCCUUGUCGUCGCCGAGCAGCGCGGUGGCACUGCCGCCGGGAACGCCUGGCUCAGAGCGUCCUGCGCCGGAGUUGCUCGACCUCGCAGACACGCCGGCGGCCUCUUCGGCUGCGUUGCUGCUGCUGAAGGACCAGGUCACGGGCAGCGGGUCAAUGGCCACGUCGGUGGCCAGCGAGGCGAGCGCAGUGAAGCACAAGCACUCGUCGGCACCCGGCACCUUGGCGGCGCCCGUCGAUCUCGUGUCGGGCAACACCAGCGUCGCGCAGCAGCACUCGAGCGGCAGCGCGGCAGCUGCCAAUGAGUCCGCCAGUGCUGCUCGCUCGCAAGUCGAGGCCAGUGCGCCCUCGACGCCGAGUGCUGUACCGCUCCUGUCUCGCCAGACUGUCUCGGCCGAACCAGCCGUUCCUGCCGAGGGUGCUGCACUGCUCGCCUUCAAGCGCGAGCAUGCAGCGCAGUCGACCGGGUCAACUGCUGCCUCGCUGGCAGCCACCGAUGGCGCCGCGUCGACUGCCGCGCCGCUGAGCGUGGCCGUGUCGCUGCCGCUGGGCGAUGCCUCGGCUCUAGCCUCGUUCAAGGCGCAGCUGCCAGAGCAGUCCGGGCAGCCUCACUCCGUCACCUCGGUCGCAGGCAGCGAGGCUCAUCGCAGUGCACCGCAGACGCCCGCAGCCGAGGGCCUGGUGUCACUACCCUUGGGCGAUGCUUCUGCCCUGGCGUCGUUCAAGGCGCAGCUAGACGCGCAGCAUGGACAUCCUCAGUCCGUCACCUCUGUCGCGGGCAGCGAGGCACACCGCAGCGCGCCGCAGACGCCCAUUGUCGAGGGCAUGCCAGUCGGAAGCGCGAAACAGCUGCUGGCCUUCAAGACGGAGGUCGAGCGCAAUGGUGCGCUCGCAAGUGCGGCCUCGUCACAGGCGGGCUCGGAGGGACCACGCGGCGCUGCAGUCCUCACCUCGGGCUUGCCUGGCACACCCGUGGCGACCGGCGCUCCUGCUCUCGUCGGCACGCCUGCCGCUGCUCCGGUGGAUCGCGAUCCGCUCGUGGCGGACGCUGGCGAGCUCAUUGCCCUGAAGACGGUGAUCGAAGAAGACAGGCACGAGAUGCCGCAGGUCUCAGCGGCGCCUUCGCUCGCUGGCUCGGACCACGCUGCCGCCGCUGCCUCGGUUGCGGGCUCAGAUCGUGCUUCUGCGGCCCCCUCGCCCGCAGUCGCCGAGCAGGCGCCAGAGGCGCCGCAACAUGCUUCGACAGCAGCCGAGGACACCUCAGACGCAGCUGCAGCGCUAGCCAAAGAAGCUGACGACUCGGAUGCGGCGCCCAAGUUGCAGGAUGCGCCUGCGGCCGGCGAGGAGGAGGAUGAGCUCUCUACGCCGGUCGGUGAGGCCGAGGCCGACGAGGUGCUGCUACUGCCAAAGUCGCAGCCGUUCGAGCCUCGGCGUUCGAGCGCACCGGCCGAGCCGAGUGGCGAGACGCGGGACGAGGCAGCAGCGUCAACGGAGAGCGCGAUCAGCAUCGCGGACGCAAGCCCGCCGCGGAUCGCGGACAGCCCUCCACCCGUCGAGAGCAGCGAUGUAGUGCGAGAGCAAGCACCUGCCGAAGACGAAGAAGCUGCAGCGCCUCUCGAGAUUGGCACUCCACCGCCUGCGGAGGAAGCUGCUGCGCCUCUCGAGGCCAGCACUCCGCCUCGAGUCACCCCGCCGCCUGCUGAGGGAGCCGCAGCGCCAUCUGAUGCUGGUACGCCGCCGCCAGCUGACCAGGCCGCACCGGCAGCACCGGCCUCGCCUGUCCGUCGCAGCUCGCCGCGCAAGCGCGCUGCCUCACCAAUCGAGGACAGCAGCAGCUCGACUGCGGCUGAGCGCAAGCCUUUGCGGUCCGUGAAGCGCAAGGUCGAGGAGACGGUCCCACAAGCCGAUGAUCAGGCAGGGCCCUCUCACUCUGCCGCAAACGAGGCGAGCACCAGUGCAUCAGCAGCGGGCGGCUUCGUCUCGAAAGCAUCCGGCUUCCUCACCCAGAUGUUCAGCCUGCGGCGCAACCGACACUUCCACCAUCAUGGCGCAGGCCCGGCACGCGUAGCGUCGUCGCCGCGUUCGGUACGCUCGGCCACGCCAGCCAGCAUCAAGGGUGCGGCUGCAGCUGGCUCGUCGCCGCUGAAAGCGCCCACGUCGUCGGCGGGCAACAGCAGCGACGUCGAGAUGGCCGACGCCGAGCCUGCGCUGCGCAAGGGCAGCUCGGUGGCGUCUGAGCAGGCUGCGGCUGCUGAAGCGCCGGACGGAGUGCAGCUCGCGGAUCAAGAGAUGCAGGAGGCCGAGGACGAGGACGAGGCAGCGAGUGUUGGCGGCUACGUUGGACCAGCCACGCGCUCUCGGUGCUCGUACCAUCUCAUCACGCUGCCGAGCGCCACGUCGCCCAAGGGCCGCUGCACCUUUGCCGUGCCCGGCUGCUCGAUCGCGCACGACAAGCUCGCCAAGGAGGACGCGCGGCAUCUCGGACCUGCCAGCGCCGGCGACAACGAGACGAAGGAGUGGUUCGACCCGCAGAUGCUGCCGGGCGAGCUGUACCACGCUCUGUCGCGCAUUUGCGACGUCGACCUGCUCGAGGACGUCGCCAUCAUGCCGGCAUCGAAGCCCGAGGGCGUCAAGUCCUGGCACGACGAUGGGCCGCCGGAGGAUGAGCAGGCCUUCAUCGACGAUCCGCACUUUGCGCCAAAGGAGUGGCUGCACCAAGGCGCCUCCUCUCCACUCAGCACGCCGCCGCCGCAGGAGCAGCCUCGGCCGCUCGGCGAGGACGAGGAGAUGCGCAGUCCCUCACUGCCGCCUGCGACAAGAGGCUCCGACGUCCUGACGGUCGAGAUCGACGCACCGGCGGCGCACUCCGGCCGUCGCUCGGCAGGCAAGACGCGCGCCACUCCCGAAGCAUCUGCCUCUACAUCUCCGCAGACACCGAAGCGGGCGCGCAGAGUCCUACGCCACCCACGCCGCUCCGACCCCUCCGGGCCCGAGGCAAACUACCAGCCGCGCUCGAGCGACUCGGACGACGACAAGCCUCGCUCGCGCAAGAGCUCGCGCCGCGCCGGCAGCCAGGCGUCGCCUGCUGUCGCCGACGCAGCUGUCUUUGACGAUGCAGACCUGAGCAUUGCGUCUCUCGAGCAGCGCGCCUCGGCGCCGCCCGCUGACGACGGCGAGGAGAGCGAGCUGGCAGUGCCGGCGCUCAAGACGAAGCGCACGUACCAGCGCCGCAAGGCCAACGACUCGUCGUACCGCGAGAGCAUCGCCGACCCCGCGGCACCGCCCGAGUCGGAAGAGGAGGACGUGGCGGCGCGCGCCGCGCAGGAAGCCGCAGCGGAGAGCGCACGCAAGGCCUCGUCGCGCCGCCGUGCCGAGCGCCAGAAGGCCGAGCGCGCAGAGGGCCGCGAGGUCGAAGCAGAGCUCGCGCUCGAGUCGCAGGCGCCGGGCCCCUCAAGCGUGGCGCGAACCGGCGGCUAGUUCUGACGCCGAAGGCUCUGCAUCCGACGAGCAGCCCGGCGCGGCGGCGCCGUCGGCGUCGUCCCGCGUCAGCCCGGCCAGGCCCAAGCCUCGUCCGCGCGCACGCAAGAGCUCCAGCACCGCUGCUGCCACUGCGCGCAAAGGCAGCACACCGCGCGCCGGCUCGGCCAAGGCUGCGACGCCGGACAUGGGCAGCACGGAGCCUGCGGCGUCUGCUGCCUCUCCCGGCCCCUCUUCUGCCCCAGCGCCGCGCCGUCGUAGCGGGCGUGCCAGCUCGAGCCGCGUGUCGCGC